AUGUCGCCGCCGUUGAUUCGCUCGGAUUCCGUCUCGGUCAUAACCGUCUUAUGCAACAACAUUGGUCAGGCGCUUUCUUUCUACGUCGGUCAGCUCGGCUUCGUGCUCAAAUGUGAUGAGAUCGUCAACGGGGAGCGCUUGGUCAUCGCAGCUCCCACGAACCUGACUGAAUUCACGCCAAUGUGCUCACUGCGCUUCAGAGAAGCCUUCACCGCGCGCGACAAGGCUGUCGUUGGACAGCAGGGGGGCGACAGCAUCUUUCUCCAGAUCGAGUGCGAUGAUUGGGAGACUGUAGUCCAUAAACUCACGACGAUAGGGACUGCAAAAUUGGGCAAAGUUAGGGAGGCGAAGCGUUACAGAGCAAUCACCGUCAGUGAUCCUAUGGGAAAUCUUGUCAAUUUUGUGGAGAAAACGACCGCCACUCUUGGGACUGUCUUCACCAAGGAUUGCGGUCACUGA